AUGUCUCAAAAUUCAGCGUCCUUUUUAUUGUUCACUAUUCAAGGCCUUAUGGCUUCCUUUACAUGCGGGCUCUGUUGUUAUCUUUAUUCCUACUGUUAUAAUGGUCGAUUUUUUAGGAAUGGAAGAGGAUCUAAUAGAAACAAUAACAAGAGAAAUAUUUCAGAAGUUGAGGGUGAUUCGUCUGAUUGUAUAAAAUGUAAAAAGAGACAUAUAAAUAGUGAAUGCAGUAAUAAUAAAGAUGAGAAUAAAAUUAUAAUAAAAGAAGGUGAAUAUGAAACAUAUAAAACACAUGAAACAUAUAAAACACAUGAUACACAUAUAACACAUGAUACACAUAAAACAUAUGAUCUAUAUAAAACAUAUGAUACAUAUAAAACAUAUUAUACACAUGAUGGAUAUAAUUUACCUACUGAUAUGACAAAAUAUGACUCAAAUUAUUUAGAAAACCUUUUAAAAGAAAAUAAUGCAAUUUCCUUAAUAUCAGAAAGAAGAAAACAAAUCAUAAAAGAUAUUAUCAAUGAUUAUAAAAAGAUUACUACUGCAUAUAAUUUAAAUAUUCAAGGAGAUAAUAAUAUAUAUAAUUAUUAUAAUAAAUAUGUAUUACCAUAUUUCAUGAAUCAUAAUGAAAAUGAUAUAUAUGAUGAAGACAAUUCUAAAGUUUUAAAUACCUAUGAAAAAAUGGAUAAACAUUUAGAUGAAAAAUUAAAAGAAUUUAAAUACAAAAUGAUUCAAGAACAAAUCGAUAGUUAUUUUUAUGAUGUUCAUGAAAAAGAUCAUAAUAAUAUUAAUUCCUCAACUUUAAAUGUAGAAAGAAAUUUAUCACAUAAUAAUAAUAAUAAGAAUAAUAAGAAUAAUAAUAUAUAUAAUAAUAAUAUAUAUAAUAAUAAUAUAUAUCAUAAACAAAAUACACAAUAUAAAAAUAAUAACAACUUACAUAAUCCAAUGAAUGCACCAUAUGAUCAAAGAAAUAAACAUAAUAAGAAUUAUUAUAAUUAUAUGAUUAAUGAUAAUAUGCAUAGUAAACAAAAAGAUGGCAAAAAUAUUAUGGUAAAACAAAAUAUGAGAAAAAAAUAUGACAGUUAUUCAGAUAAUAAUAUGUCAACAAUUGAAAAGAAUUAUAAUAUUAUGCGUGUAAAAGAAAACAAAUCUGAAGAUGAGAGUAUGAAAGAUAACUUACAUCUUUCGAAUGUUUAUAAAGAUAAAUGCAACAUUAAAAAUGAAGAAAAAUCUGUUUUAAUUAGGGGCAAUGAAAAAGAGGAAAUUAAUAAUAAUCUAGUAAAGGAGGAUGUUAUUAAGGAGGAUAUAAAAGGUGAUAUUAUUGAUAAGGAUGUCAAACAAGAUAGUAUUCAUGUGGAAGUCAAACAAGAUAGUAUGCAUGUGGAAGUCAAACAAGAUAGUAUGCAUGUGGAAGCCAAACAAGAUAGUACCCUUAAGGAUGCCAAACAAAAUAUUAUUAAUAGAGAUAUUUCUAAUGAAAAAGAUAAUUCAUAUAUUUUAAAUGAAAAGAUUAAUAAUAUUAAGAAAUGUCAGGACGCACCACAUGAACAAAGACCUAGAACGAUACUUAAACAAAUGCCAACAAAUAUAUCAUGUGUACCCAUUAUCCGUGUUGAAAAAGAUAUAUACAAUAAUGAUGAUUCAUUGAAAAGUAAAUUAAGUUGUUCAGUUAAUAAUAUCAACAUUAAAAAAACAACCCUUAAAUUAUCAGAGCCUAGUGAAGAAGAAAAUAUGAAGAAACCAAAAAAAGAAAAUGAAAAAGAAAAAAUAAGUGAAAAUAAAAAUAAAGUAGAGUGUGAAAGUAAAAGCAAAAGAGUAGGUGAAAAAGAAGGUGAAAAAAUUGAUGAUAAUAAUAAUAAUAAUAGUAGUAGUAAUAAUGAUGAAUCACCUAAUAAUAAUUAUAUAUCAUCAAAUGAGGAAAAAAACAAAACAAGUAGCAGUUAUUUAUUAAAUAAUAAAUUAUGUAUUCCUAUAGAUGAUGAAUAUAUAAAAAAGAUAAGACAUGAACAAACAGAUACAUUCCUACAAAAACUUAUUAUGGAAUAUUAUGAUGAAAAGAAAAGAAGAAGUCUUUAUGAUGACACAUCUAAAGGAAAUGUAUAUUAUGUUAAUGAUUAUGAAGAGUAUAGAGAAGAAUUUGAAUCAAAUAAAACAAAUAUUGGAGAUUUACAAAAUUUUGAUAAAUUAAUAUUAUCAAAUCAUUCUAUUCCUUCUAAUAAUGAAAAUGAUAAUAAUGCAAAUAAAUAUAAUGAUAUAAAACCAAGUAACAUCAAAAAUAAUGAUCAAGAAGAAAAAAAAAAUGCAAAUAAGCACAGUAACAAUAAUAACAACAAAGAUAUGAAUAAUACAUCCAUAGAAAAUAAUAAAAAUGUAGAUUUAAAAGAAGGUCAACAUAUUAAUAUUUCAAAAGAUUCAAUACACAUAAGUAAUCAGAAAAACAUAAAACAUACAGCAGAAUGUGAUGAAAGUAACUUUUUAUCUUAUAAAAAUAAAAUAAGGAAUGACAUUUUACAAGAGUUGGUAAACAAAAGUUUUAAUUGUAAAAAUAUAAAUGAUAUAUAUAAUAAUAAAGAAAAUAAAAUUGGAGUUAAUGAUACCCAUUUGAAACAAUGUGAGGUAAACAUUAAGAAUAAUAUGAGAGAAUAUAAUCAAUCAAGAAAUAUGGAGAAUGUAAACGUCCAUGUUCAUAUGAAUAAUAACAAUGACAAAGAUAAAAGUAAUAAUGAAAGAAAGAAUAAUGUUGCUAAUAUAAAAAAUAUAAGUAGUUUUAAUUUGAAUAAUAAAAAUAAAUUGACCACCACAACCACCACCACCAACAACAACAACAACAAUAAUAAUAAUAAUAAUAAUAAUAUAAAUUUUAAUAGUGCAAAGAAAUAUUAUUAUCCCAAUAAUAUUAAGGAAGAUCUGAAUUUAAAUGAUAAUAGAAGGAAUAAAGGAAAUAUUCCUUUUGAUAUGAAACUAACAGAUGACAUAACAAACAACAAUAAUAGUAAUAAUUAUAAAAUUAUGGAUAAAAAUUUAAAAUCUAUGAGAGAUGUAUCCUUAUCAUCGUUACAAAAAUUAAUUCAAGAACAUAACAAAAUAUUAAGAGAAAAGCAUAAUCAUAAAAUACAACAAAUAGGAAAUCAAGAUAAUUGCAUGUUCAAAAUAAAUGAAUCAAUUGAAUCUGAAAAUGAAAAUAAUGAACAUAAUAAUAAUUUAAAUAUUAUCCAUUCUAUUAAUAAUACAAACAACAAUAUACACUUCCCUAAUAAUAAAGUGAAUACAUUUAUUGCUAACAAAACGAAUGCUAAUAUGAAUAAUAUAACAAAUAUUAAUAUGAAUAAUGUAGUAAAUAGUAUAAUGAAUAAUGUAUCAAAUAAUAAUAUGAAUAGUGCACCCACAAAUUUUAUGAACAACACAUCAAAUAAUUUAAUGAAUAAUUCAGUUAGCCAAUUGAUGAAUAAUACAAAAAAACAUUUAAUAAAUAAUACAAACAACCAUUUAAUAAAAAAUACAAAAAAACCUUUAAUAAAUAAUACAAACAACCAUUUAAAAAAUAAUACAAACAAUCAUUUAAUAAAUAAUACAAACAAUCAUUUAAAAAAUAAUACAAACAACCAUUUAAAAAAUAAUACAAAAAACCAUUUGAUUAAUAACUUAUUGAACAAUCUUAUUAAUAAUAACAAUAUGAUGAAUAUGCCUUCAGAUAUUGAUAAAAAUUCCAAAGUCUUUAAGAAUAUAGAAAAUGAAGAACAUGCAUUACAAAAUUUGUCAAAAAUACAAAAGUUAUUAUACAAAGGUUCCAAUCCACAUGUGAUUAAUAAUUUACGUAUUUCAAAUAAUUUAAGUGAUGAUCAAAAUUCAAAUGUAAAUUCAUUCAUAAAAAUGAAUAAUGUUGAUAAAAAUGUAAGCACAUGUCAACACAAUAAUAACAAUAAUAAUAACAAUAAUAAUAACAAUAAUAAUAAUAACAAUAAUAAUAAUAAUAAUAAUUAUGUUGUUAAUAUGACAAAUAAAACACGUCAUAAUUGUAAACAAUGUAUAAACAGAUGUAAUGUAGUAGCUAAAGAUUAUGAAGAAAGCAAAGAUAUAAAUAAAAGAAGUGACCUAAUAAAAAAGGUAGAUAAUGAGAAAUGUUAUGAUGGGAUAUAUGAUAAAUCUGAAAUUGUUAAUGAUAUGAAGUAUAGAAGAGGGAAUAGCAGUGCUAGUAAUAAAAACAACAAUAGUAAUAACAAUGAUAAUCAUAUCAAUAGUCAUAAUAAUCAUAAUAAUCAUAAUAAUCACAAUAAUCAUAAUAAUCAUAAUAAUCAUAAUAAUCAUAAUAAUUAUAAUAUCAAUGAUUAUGCAAAUUAUCAUCUUCAAAAACAACACGUAAAUGCAAUUCAAGAAGAUAUGGAUACCUAUAUUUUAAUAGACGAUGAUAAUGAUACAGAUAUUUCUACAGACAAAGGAAAUAACAACCAUUUAAAUCAUAAUAAUAAAAAAACCAAUCUAAAAUGUAAUUUAUCAAAAUUACCUAAUAUCAUACAGAAUGAAGAAAACAAAAAUGAUAAGAAUAUAUCAAGAACGAAAUAUGCAUGUUUAGAUAUUAAAAGAAAUUCUAGAGAAAAUAUUUAUCACAUGAACAAUGAACAAAAUGAAAUGAAUCAAGAAAUUAUAAAUGAUUAUCAUCAAAAUAAACAAGAUAAAGAUAUUAUAUCUACAUAUAAUCAUACGUCCAAAACACAAUAUGAAACAAAAAAAGGAAACGAAAUUUCUAAUAAUAAUUAUAUGAAUGUUAAAAAAAUACAAACAAUUCAUGCACAUAAUCCAGAUAAAUUAGAUCAGAUUAAUACACAAGAAAAUAAUAGAAAUGUCGUUCAAAAUAGAAACGUGAAUAAUAAUUCAAGUACUGCCGACAAAAUAGGACGUCCAUUAACACGAUCUAACAGUCAAAAGAACAGUGCACAUACAUUAGAAAAGGAAACAGGAAAUGAGCAAAAUGAUAAUUCAAUUUAUUAUAAUAACACAGUGAAUAGAUUGGAUGAUGAAGUAGUAUUUAUUUCAACAAAUGAAAAUGAAGAUAAAAAUGGUUCAGUUAAUUCAUUGAGAGAAGAAAAGAAGAAUGGUACCUUGUUAUAUGCUAAAGAAGAAGAUGAAGAAGAAGAAGAAAAUAAUCCAGAGACUCAAAGUGUUAGAAGAAGUGUUAGAUUGCACGAUAAAAAGGUAAAAAAUGAAACAAAGAAUAAAGAAAUUGAAAAAAAAAAUAAUAGAUCAAAUAAUAAUAGAUCAAAUAAUAAUAGGUCAAAUAAUAAUAGAUCAAAUAAUAAUAGGUCAAAUAAUAAUAAAUCAAAUAAUAAUAGGCCAAAUAAUAAUAGAUCAAAUAAUAAUAGGCCAAAUAAUAAUAGGUCAAAUAAUAAUAAAUCAAAUAAUAAUAAAUCAAAUAAUAAUAAAUCAAAUAAUAAUAAAUCAAAUAAUAAUAAAUCAAAUAAUAUUACAUCAAAUAAUAUUACAUCAAAUAAUAUUACAUCAAAUAAUAUUACAUCAAAUAAUACUAUAUCAUAUAAUACUAGAGCAAAUAUUAACAGGUCAACUGAUAACGAAUCUAUUAUAAACGAAUCAAUUUCCAGUGAACAAAAUAAUAAGUCCAUUGAAAAAAAUUCAUUUGAAAAAAGCAAUUCUGUUGAAGUGGUUUCAUUAAAUGAUAGUACUGAUAUAAAUGAAAACCCUAGAAAUAUACAAAAUAAAAAUACGCAAUUAAAAAAUGUAAAUAUGUUUGAAAAGAAGAAGGUAUCAGAAACACCAGCAAUGGAAUUAAAGCUUUCAAAAAAACAUAGUCUUUUAAAAAAGAAAGACAACUUAGAAAUAUUACAUCAAAAAUGUAAUGAACUUGAUGAAAAUAAAUGUGCAUCUGGAUUUGUAAAUUAUAUAUUACAAAAUAUUCAGAAAAAAGAUGGUAAAGAAACAUUUGAUGAUUUAUUAAAUUAUAUAUUAAAAUUAAAAGAAAUAUAUAAUAUGUCAACAAUGGAUUUCAUAGGUGCCUUCUUAAUAUUAGAGUCAUUCAAUUUAAAUAUUAUAAAUGAAUAUCCAUUACGUGAAUGGAUACUAGUUACAUUUCAUUAUAUAAAAGGAAUGAUCGCUUCACAAAAUAUUAAAUUUAUAAUUAAAUCAUUAGAUUUAAAUCAUUUAAUUAUUAGUAAUAUAACAGCUGCAUUUUAUAUGAAUAUUAAACCUAUUAAAGUAGAUGAACAAAAUAUAGAACGUGUACUUAAUCUCUUAUCAGAAGUUGUCAUAAGAAGAUCUUCUAGAUUUAAACUUCUUAAAUCAGAUACUGAAAAUCAAGAUCAGCAGGAUGAAAAAUUAGGAUCCUGCUGGCAACCAGUUCACACAAUAAAAGAUUCAUAA